AGGAGUCUGAAAAAAUAUGUGCCCAAUACCGGCUUGCGCGGGGCGCGUGUGUCUCUUUCGCGCGGGUGUUGUGGCUUGUGCGCGUGUGUAUAGUGAUAGGAGUUGAGGCUGAAAUUGGCUGAAAUAAUUAUUCUCAAUCCGUUGCAACAAAAAUUAAAACUUCAUAUUGAUAAACAUCAGCAGACAUCUUUAUUCUGUGAACAUCAGUUUUGUACUAUUGCCUCCAUUUGCCGUUUUCGCUGGAUUAAGUGUAGGGACCAGCGUGUAUUUUUCUUAGUUUCUGCAUUCGCUAAAAAUGGAUAUUGUUGAGAGAUUGUAUAAAAAUUUUGAAAUCCUGAGCAGUGCCAAAGAUAAAGCGAAGGAGCAUGAAAAGGAGUAUCUUGAAAUUCUUGAAGCUGUCAAAGGGAAUGCCAACGAGAAGCGUCUUGCAUCACAGUUCAUUGCUCGGUUCUUCAAACAUUUCCCCAACUUGGCGGAUCAGACCAUUGAUUCAAUUCUAGACCUAUGUGAAGAUGAAGAUACCUCAAUCCGUAAGCAGGCGAUCAAGGAUCUUCCGCAGCUGUGCCGCGAGAACCGGACAUUCCUGCCCAAGAUCGCGGACGUGCUGGCGCAGCUGCUGCAGUCGGACGACACCACCGAGAUCAAGGAGGUGCACAGCUCGCUCACCGUCCUCUUCAAGAUCGACGCCAAGGGAACCCUGUACGGCCUGUUCUCACAGAUCCAGUCAGAUGAGGCAGAAGACAAUGUGAUCAGGGAACGCACCAUCAAAUACCUGGCGGCCAAAGUGAAAACGUUCGAUAAGGAGGUCAUGAACAAAGAGGCGGAGGAAAUACUCUGGACUGAAGUCAAAAAGUCACUGAAGGACGUUUCUGGCGAGGAGUUUGUCCAGUUCCUGGACAUCCUCUCAGGCACACAGACGGGCCGCACCGUUAGCGGCCACCAGCAGGUGCUGCAGCUGGUUCAGGAGCAGCUCGACCCGGCCGACCAGCUCGACCUCACCGACUCAGAGAGCGCCGACAAGCUGCUGCUCUGCAUCCGACAGGCCAUCAGAUAUGUCUCGCGUCAGACGCGUCCCACGCAGCUGGUGGGGUACCUGGUGGACGCCGUGGUGCCGCGGCUGGAGCAGCUGUCGGCGGACGCGCAGCUGGAGCUGCUCAAACCGCUGGCCGAGAUGUCACAGUACUGCGGCGAGCUGGAGGAGACGGCCGCGCGCUGCGACAAACUCUAUGCCGCACUCACGGACCGUAUGCCGCUGCCGCCGCCUGUCACCGAGGAGAAUGGCGCCGUCGGCGAUCCGCCCAGCCUCGAGUUCUCACACAUCGAGUGUCUGAUGUUCACGCUGCACCAGCUGGCCAGGAGGGUGCCCAGCUGGCUCACAGACGACGCAGACCGACUCAAGGAGUUCAGACUCAGACUCCAGUACCUGGCGCGAGGCACUCAGGCGUACAUCAAGUCGCUUCGUGAGGCCUUGAAGGACGCUGACCUCAAGUCUGAGGAGAACAAGCUGCGCGCCGUGGCUCUCAAGACCACGUCCAACAUCAACACGAUGAUCAAGGACCUGUUUCACACGCCGCCCAGCUACAAGAGCACCGUCAGCCUGUCGUGGAAGCCGCAGGCCGGAUCGGCCACCGCGCAGCAGCAUCAGAAGGUGACCGCCGAGUCGCCGACCGCCAAGCCGGGCGACAAGCGGCGGGUGCCCAUCACGUUCGGCGGUCAGGACAGCGCCAACAAGAACAAGGACGGCCGGCGCAUGUACCAGCCGCCGAGCGGCAAGUACAGCGAGCGCGCUGGAGGGUACCGCGAACAGGGCGGCGGUCAGCGGGGCGGUCAGCGCGGUGGACGGGGCCGCUUCCGGGGAGGCAACCGCUACUGAGCGCCCCGCGGGCGGAGAACUGUACAAACUGCUGAGAGAGGGGAGACACAGGCAGGGAAGGUGGGAGAGAGUGGGAGGCGAGGCGAACAAAGGAGUGAAGGACUGACCGGUGUCGUCUACUGCCUGGAGUUGUGGGACGUCAGUUUGAGUUUGGGAUGCAUGUGAGUGAGCUCAGAGAGUUGUACUGCGGUGACUGAGUUUGUGAAUACGCAACGGGCGCGUCAGUUGGAGGAUCUGCAGCGGCCUGACGAAUACCGUGUUCUCUGUGUGUCUGUUGUUCGGACGUGAACGGCCAGCUUCUGAGCGAGUGAGCGAGCGACCAGUACCGGAGCUGUACCGUCGGCCAUACGCCGAUAACGCACUGUCCAGCCGCAAGCUGGCGGUUGACGCAGGGCGGGAAAGGUGUAUAAUCGUGCGACCCCGCUGCCUGAUGUUUCGCCGUUCACUCGUUCAGUUUCUUCGCUUUUUUAUUCCCCUUGCAAUAAUGUUCUCCGUCUGUGGCUGCACUGUUCCUCUUGUCACAACAACCACCGUACGCAUCAAGCCCGAUCCUUGGCUUCCUUUACUCACAUGUUCUCUAAAUGCCACCUUUGUACGAUUCCUGUCCCUCUUGUAGAAAUUGCACCACUGCAAGAUGCGACGCCUUUCCAGAUGGAAGAUGUAGAAGAUUCUCAGCGGCUACCAAUCCGGUACUAUUUUGAACACAUUUCAAAGUUUGAAGAAAGUAGAAACAGGAAAAAAUGGGAUUGAAGUAUGAACAUGAGUUGACAAACUUGUUCUCGGCAAGACACGACAAUAAUAUUCUUCGAAGAAAAUGCAAUGGUAAAAUAACAUGAAGGGACGUUGCUGAAAUAAAGCGCAACCACUGUAAUUGCUCCACAAAACGCAUCGUAGCAAGGACGUAUCCAAGACAAUGGCUUCUUCAAGCUGUGGCGGUCAGAAAAGAAGCAAAAACAACGUUGAAAGCAAAGCAACUCCUGCACUGGAGGCCGUGGCCGUGGCAGACGAAGACAGUCAUAAAAGAGACUCAAGUGAAGAAAAAAAAACAUCCAGGGAGCGAGGGCCGUUCGGAGUGUUGCUCGUAUCUUCAAGUCCUUACUCAAUAUCCAAUGCUGUAUACCUGUGGCGCACCAUGACUCAAGCCACAUCUCCGAACUGGGCCAGUACUGAUGCCUGAGCUGUCAUCUGUCUAGAACUCGGCCUGUCUCGGUAACGUGAGCUGUCAUAUGUCAGAACUCGGCACUGUCACCACGAAGAUGAAGCCGCCUGUGUGCUGUCGGCGGUGACAGCUCUGUCGAUACUGGUCUGCCACGGCGCUGAUAUCGGUCUGUCACGGCCGCUGGGAGCUUCACUACGGGCGGCGACCUGGACCUGCUGGCAACCGGAGCUGGCGAACGUCGGAGGAACGCCAGGAGCGGUGGAUCUUCCGGCGACCUUCACCCCUCCCCGCUCUCUAACCAUUUAUUUCUUCCAUCCACAGGAAUAGUGAGCGACGUCAGUCGUGGCCAGCCUGUACUUUGGCUUUGGAUGGGAGCGUGGACGCGUUCAUACAGCGCAGCUUGCUUCUCUUUCACAGGUAGAUGGAGCAAACUGGACCCGUGUCUUUUUGCUGAUGUUUUCAGGAUCUCCUGAAGAGACAGAGUGCGGAAGUGCAGCAUGUAACGCCAAUCUUUCUUCAUAUUUCCCAGGUCUCAGUGGCGUCCUGCACUGCCAGCGUUUCUUUGCUUUCACAGGCGCCAGCUCUAGCCCAGUCGGAUGGAGACUUGUACCCGCACAAUGUGGCCCCGGCGUCGUGCCGUGCGUGCGUGUGUGUGUGUUUGAGAGUUCCCCCGCCCCUCUCCCUCCCAGUAGCCCGUUGGCAGUAUUCCAGGUCCCGUCACUGCGCCCAGGUGAGUUGGGAGGCUCUGCGGGGCAGCUGUGCGCCACCUUUUAUCCAGUUUGUCCUCGAUGUUGUGACAUUUCAAUAAACAGCCACAGCUAA